AAAGUUGAGCUCGGCUCAGUGUGUUUUGAACCGCGACAAAAUCGCGACAAGGCGACGGAAAUUCGAUUUUAGCACAAGCAUAGCUGCAGCAUAGACAUAUUUGUGGUGAAGUGAAGAAAAAAUAUUAUUGAAAUAAAAGAAAAGACCACUUGCGCACAGUCAAACGCGGAAGUGAAACCUCGUUGGAAGCCCGUAUACACAUUGCAAUUGCAUUUUCGCUUUUAUUUUUGCUUGUGCGCUUCAGUUUUGCACGCGGUAUUGGUGGUGAGGCCACAAAAAUUCGCCCUUUGGCGUCGGUUGAAAAAAGUCCAGUGCGGAAUUUCUCAUUAGUUUCGCAAAAAGCGUUCGAGAGCACAGACAAAAGUGCUGCAACACGCGACGUGUUGGACAUCAGAAUACCAGCAGCGCUGCUGAUUGUUUUUCGUCUACUUACCACCAGCUGUGGUCACAAGUGUGAAACGAAAUUAAAAUUUCUUACUGCAAGCGGGCGCUAAGAGCAGCAAAAACAGCGCGUAAAGUAUUUUAAUUUGAAAGUUUCCGAAAAAAAUAAAAAGUAAAUAAGAGAGAAAAAGUACUUUGUUUGCUUAACUGCGCUGCGACAAGAGAUUUUUUGUUACACACAGAGUUGUUACAAAUUUCGUUGCUUUUCAUAGACACCAGCUGCUGCGCGCUAGUGUGAAAAUGUCGUCAACAAGCUGGAAACUGCUAGGCGCUAUGCUAAUUUUGCAUAUUUUGUUAGCGCCUUGCGUCCUCGCGGCUACAAUACCCACUGCGGCCGUGUCGCCAGCGCCAACUGCCGCCAGUGGUGCGCCCAAUGUGAAUGUGGAGACCGAGGUGUUGCGCUUCUCCUACGAACUGGAGCGCUGGCUGGACACUGACAAGCGCCCAUGUCAGGACUUCUAUGGCUAUGUGUGCGGCAAGACGGUGAACACCACGAAGGAACAGUUUGAGGCGCGUUUGCAACGCGAACAGGAGAAGUUCGAUAAAUUUCUGAGCGCCAAUAAUAAUGAGGAGCUGCUCGAUGCGGAGCUCAAGCUGAAGCAAUUCUAUGACUCGUGCAAGAAUGCGCGCUCUGUGAAUGAGCUGAAGGAGUCUUUCAUGUACAAGCAGAGUGGCGGUUGGCCGGCGGUUGAUAGCUCAGCGGCGAUGUUGCGUCGGCGACGCGGCAAGACUUGGAUGGAUGUGGUGGGAGCCUUCCAUGAGGCGGGUAUAAAUUAUUUCUUCACACAACGCGUGGAGAUCAAGUCCAACAAGCGCACGGUCUACCUGCAAGCGGAUGAUUUGUUGCGCUGGACGUUGCGCAAGUUUGAGCAAUUGGUUGGUGAGGUGUUCGCCGAGUAUGGUGUGGAUAUGGAUCGCGGUAGAUUGAUUGCAUUGGAAAUAUUGACUUUUGAAAGGAAUCGACGUGAAAUAUUGAAAGAUGAACAGCAAGAAGAUGAUGCUGAGUAUAAUUAUGUUGAUUUUAAAAGUUCGAACUUAGGCACCUCACUGCAGAUCGAUUGGGAUAAGUAUUUCAAGAACACACUUGGUAAGCCGCUGAAACCGACUGAUACGGUGGUGGUGCAUAAGAAGACCAAACUGAGCAAGCUGUUCCAGUUUCUGCAACAGACUACAUUGACGCGGCUGCUCAACUGGAUUUGGAUUGACUAUUUGAUGGAUAAAGGCGCCGCGCACUGCCAAGAGUUGUCGCAGCAAUAUUUUACGCCCGUACACCAACAUGUCGUGGAACACGCCUUCCUGGAUAAAGUGCAAAUGGCACAGCUGUACUCCAGCAUCGGCCGCGCAUACGAUGAGGUGCUGCCGCCCACCGCCUGGAUUGACGAAAUGUCACAGCAGAAUUCACAUCUCUUCCUCGGCCGCGCCAUGCAUCUCACAUUGAAUGGCGACGAAAGUCUCGACUCAGAUUAUGCCAAACUGCAAAUCAGCAACCGCAACUUCUAUCGCAACCUCGAGAAGGUGCAACGCUUACUCGCGCAGCAGGGCAAAAGUCAGCGUUUGAUUACGCGCGUUGGCAACGCCGCCAUCGCGGACACCACACAGAUAGCGGCGAAUUUCAUGCGCACCUUUGUUAGCGUGAGCUCGCUCUUGCAAGAGCAAAAUCUGACAGCGCCACUAAGUCAACUGCUCGUGGGCGAACGCUUCGCCGAGCACAUGAUCGCUAGCGGCAGCACGACACAGACGGCGGGCGCUUGGCGUAGCAUGGAGUCCGAGCGUGAUUUUGCCACAUUGCGACAGUGUGUACAGCAGCAAUCGGGCGCUGUAUCAGAGUUACCAUAUAAUUUGAAUGAAUUGCUAUUGAAGUUGUUGGCACAACACUUGGCGCUGCAGACGUAUGAGCAAUGGCAGCAGGGCAACGAACGUUUGGUGCGGCGCUUGGAUACUCUUUUGGCCGCGGGACGCUUGCAGCUGUCCAUGGCGAAACUAUAUUACAUUGGCUCGGUGCUGACUGAGUGCGGUUCAUAUGAGAGCGUUGCUCAUAAGCAGCUGCUGAAGGGUUAUUUACGUAAUUCUUUGAAAUUUAGACAGGCUUUCCGCUGCCGCGCAGCUGAUGAGUUGUAUGCGCGCAAUACCUGCAAGGUGCUCUGAGUGGAAUUAGAGGAGAGCAGCUCGUUGUAAUCAUUUUAUAGUAUAGUAAGGUUAUAGCAGUUGAUGAUGCUAAGUAUAUAACAACUUUGAACUAUUGAGGCAUACAUUUAAGUUUGCAAUUAUAUGAAGUGUUAAUAAAUAAAGUCUAAUAAAUACAAAAUUAAAAAUAUAUGAAAUUAAA